ACCGACCGGAGCGCGGAGCUAAUGGGAACACGAAGAAACGGGGGACCUCGGCAAGGAAAGAUUAUAUACAAAUAUAUACAAAUAUACGGUUUGAGAUGACAGAUAUUUAGCAAAAUACCUCAAGAAGAAAUAAGUGUAUCAAGUACUAUUUCAGUAUCUUAGAAUAGUUCAUGUUAAUGAGAAAAUACGAGUCAUUUUUAUUUUGUACAUGUAUAUAUGUUUUUUGUUUUAUUAUUAUAUGUAUUUUGUAUUUGUUAAUUUCUUUAAUAAUGUAAGUACUGUACAUCCUGAUCCACACUAGCGGUAAUGCACCAAUUCGUUGUUUGCCGACCGCCAAUGAAGAAGAAAAAGAAGAAAAAGAAGGAGAAGGAGAAGGAGGAGGAGCUCAGAGCUGUCAAACCAACAUGCGGGUGUUUGAGUUUAGGGUGGUGGUGUGAGCGAGGAGGCCAUUGGUGUAUUCUGUGUACUCUUUUAUCAAAUUAUUAUUAUUAGUUUAAAAUAGCAUUGAUUAUUUUAGGCCAUUUAAAAGGACACAAAGUCACAGCGUUCGCUGUAGUGACACCAUCUGACCUGUAAGCGGCGGUAGUGAGAGGCGGUGUUCGUUUCGACUACAACCAACGAACUACGGUGACACGACCUGCGUGGAUUUAGCAGAUCUACAGAAGCUGCGUUUACGGUCCCGUGUUGCGAUGACACGCUCGUGAUGCGUUAGAGACCAGUGGACUCUUGAGGGGAAGAGAGCUGAGCGUCCGCCGCCGGGCUGCGGCAGCAACGUCAGUGGCGACGUGUGAUUCUUGGCGAAAAUGGCAGAUAGAAAGAAUAAUAAUAAUGUUCCCAGCACCAGUGCAAAUUUACUGUUCAGCGGCGCUCCGGAGUUUAACUUCAACCUGCCCUUCAUGCCGGUGAGCCAGGCCACCGGUCCGGCGGUGUUGUCAGGAGUGGAUCCCACCGAGGUUGGAGAAGAAGACAGCUUUCUAGGUCAGACCUCUGGAAACGGGCCGGCCCCCUCUACAUUCAACUACUUCUCCAGCCCCGUGACCAGCAGUGACCCGUUCGCAGCCAUCGGCCAGUCGCCAUGCCCACCGCCGGCCCUGUCGGCAGCCCCCACGUCAACGGGCCCGCCGUCUCUUCCCGGCAGUGUCGGCAUGACUCCGCCACCCCCUCCAGGCUCACAAAUGAAUCCUGCACCGCCAGCGUUUGGCGGCGCUGUUUACCAGAGCCCUGUGGGGCGGCACACUCCUCCCCUGGCCACGAUGACCACACCGCCUCCGCAGGCGCAGAGUCACAACCCAUACCGACACACCCCCAUCAGCAGCAGAGCAAGUCCGUAUAUUCCAGCUCCAGAGGUCCUGCCACCAACACACACACCUCAGCGGAAUCCGUACGCUCUCGGCUCUCCGCCACAGACAUUCCCGUCGUCAGGACCCGCGUUCACAAAGCCUCCUCCCACACAGUUCCAAGCGCCUCCGCCUACAGCCACCACUGCCGGAGCGAUGGUCCCCGCUGGUCCUAUGAUGCAAUACAAUUACAACGUCUAUGAGCCCGUCCAGCCUCACUGGUUCUACUGCAAGCAAGUGGAAUCAAAGAGCGUCUGGCUUCCCUUCAGUAUCAUUGACUCGCUUCAGCUAGAGGAGACGUAUAACUCGGUUCAACCAGACCCAGAAAAUGUGAUCAUCCGUACAGAUGGAGGUCGCUACGACGUGCAGCUCUAUGACCGCAUGCGGACCGCGGUGUUCUGGGAGGAGGAGCCCACGGAGGUCCGGCGCUGCAGUUGGUUCUACAAAGGGGACACAGACAGUCGCUUUGUUCCGUACUCUGAGGAGUUUAGUGACAAGCUGGAGGCGGAAUAUAAGAAAGCCGUGUCUACCAACCAGUGGCACCGUAGACUGGAGUUCCCAUCAGGAGAGACCAUUGUCAUGCACAAUCCAAAGGUGAUUGUACAGUUUCAGCCCUCCUCCAUGCCAGACGAGUGGGGCACAACUCAGGACGGGCAGACGCGGCCCAGAGUGGUGAAGAGAGGGAUUGAUGACGACCACGAUGAAGUACCAGAUGGCGAGCUCGCAAAGGUGGAUCAUCUCGUGUUCAUGGUCCACGGGAUCGGUCCCGUGUGUGACCUGAGGUUCCGGAGCAUGGUCGAGUGUGUGGACGACUUCCGCAGCGUGUCGCUGAAGCUGCUGCACAGUCACUUUAGGAACCCGCUGGAUGAGCACGCCAUCAGCAGGGUGGAGUUCCUCCCCGUCCAGUGGCACACGGCGCUGCAUGGAGAUGCCACGGGGGUGGACAGGAGGAUAAAGAAGAUUACGUUGCCCAGCACUGGCCGUUUACGUCACUUUACAAACGAGACUCUGUUAGAUGUGCUCUUCUACAACAGUCCCACUUACUGCCAGACCAUCAUGGACACAGUAGCCCAAGAGAUUAACAGACUUUAUGCCCUGUUCAUGAAGAGGAACCCAGACUACAAAGGAGCUACAUCAGUGGCCGGACACAGCUUGGGUUCCUUGAUUCUCUUUGACCUGUUGUCAAAUCAGAAGACCGCCUCUCCUGCACUGGCCGUGCCGAUCAUACCCACUGCGAAUGGAGACACCAAACAGAUGGUUACACAGGGAAAUACUGCCGCCGUCGCCCCUCCGGCUGCGGAAGAGGAGCCCAGAGAAGACGGGGAGGAGUUUGAGGAUCUGUCUGCCAUGCUGGAACACCUGGGCUUGUCAGAGUACAAGAAUACCUUCGAAGAGGAGAAGAUCGACAUUGAAUCUUUUCUUAUGUGCACAAUCGAGGACCUGAAAGAGAUGGGGAUCCCACUGGGCCCCAGGAAAAAGGUCUCCAAGUUUGUCAAAGAACGGGUGAACAAGCAGGCAGCAUGCCAAGCGGCCCGGGAGGAGAAGGCGGCGGUCAAAGAGGCGAGCCAGGUUGCGGCGCUCCCACCAGCGGCCGAAGCUCCUCCUGAUGCCUCUGUGAAGAAGCUUCCAGUGGGCAACUCCAUCCACGUCGACUAUAAUUACUUUGAAGUGGGCACCGGGCAGGUGUCGGUGGUUUACCGCGCUCUGGACUUUGAGCCGAUUAAUUUCUUCGCCUUGGGGUCUCCGAUUGGCAUGUUUCUGACGGUCCGAGGCCUGGAAAAGAUCGAAGAGACGUACCAGCUGCCCACGUGCAAGGGGUUCUUCAAUAUUUACCACCCGUUGGACCCAGUGGCGUACAGGAUUGAGCCCAUGAUAUUACCAGACAUGGACUUUAAGCCCGUUUUGGUCCCACACCACAAAGGGAGGAAGAGGCUUCAUCUCGAGCUGAAGGAGUCUCUCACCAGGAUGGGCUCUGACCUGAAGCACGGUUUCAUCAGCUCCCUCCGGAGCGCCUGGCAGACGCUCAACGAUUUCGCUCGCGCUCACACGUCGUCUGCCCAGCUUCAGGCCGAGCUGGCCAUGGUGGCCAAUCAGAUCGCCGAACAGGAGAAGCAAGCGCAGGAGGACCAUAAGAUCCCAGAGAGCCCCGAGCCACCAAAAGAGGAGGAGCCUCAGGUGAAGGUUGGGAUGCUGAAUGGAGGGAAUCGCAUCGACUACGUGCUGCAGGAGAAGCCCAUCGAGAGUUUCAACGAGUACCUGUUUGCCCUCCAGAGUCAUCUCUGCUACUGGCAAUCUGAAGACACGGCUCUGCUUAUUCUCAAAGAGAUCUACAAGAACAUGGGGAUCCAUCCAGAACAGAUGGCACAUUAACACGAUGAAGCACCGUCUGUCUGAAACUUUCCCCAUUUGGUUUAUUUCAUAUGUUUACCUUGAUUUUAAUUUGUUUUCCUUCUUUUCUAUCCAUGUAGUUUAUUGUAUACAGAUGAAUAAUACAAUUUGUAUUAUGCCAUUUGUAUUAAAUUAAGAAACGUACAAAUGAGCUUGUAGAUUCAAGGACACAAGUGCGUGUUUGAUAUUACAUUUUAUAGUAUAAAUUAUAGCACUGAUUAUGGAUAAUCAAAGCAAAUGCCAACAGCAGAAAUGACGAUGACUUAUUAUAGCGGUUAAUGCAGCCUUCUGGAAGUUUUAUUUAAUGGCCAACAUUUCUAAAUAAAUCAUUUCCUUACAUUCUUCCUC